UUAGCUUUGGAUGCUGCAGCUCGUUCAAUGAAAAUCGAUCAAACGUCAGUCUAUAAAUCUCGAAUAUGUUUCGUAAAGAACUCAAGAGUCGCAAAAUCGACAAUAAACCAGAAGAAGAAGAAACGGCGAAGUCAGCGCAGAAUGUCCAACAGCUGAGGAGUUUGUUGAAAGAGUGGCUAACUACUGCUAACGGAGCGAUGUUUGAGUAACAAAAGAAAAACAACGUCGCAGAAGAAAAAGAAGAGAAGAAACGAGUCAAAGUGCUGGAUGCUGUUUUCAAGGCCGAAUCUCGCUGAUACAAAGCAGAUAUGCAGCAGCUGUUGUUGAGUAAAGAAGACCUUCUCCCUGAGCGGCAGGAAUGGAAUCAGAGUCUGGACCAAAAUGACUCAGAGCCUCCAAAGAUUAAAGAGGAACAGGAGGAACUCUGGAGUGAAGAUGAAGAAAAACCACAGUCAUCACAACUUCAUCAAAGACAAAAACACCAGAGCGCCGAAGUGGAACUUCUUACCAGGAAAUUGACUGAACCGAGAACACUGAAGAUAGAAGCUAAUGGAGAGGACUGUAGUGGAUCACAACCAGCCAGCAACUCAGGUCCACAUACUAUUGACAUGCAGACAUUGCCGACCAAAGAGGAAAUUCUCCCUGAACAGCAGGAAAAAAACUGGAGUGUUGACCGGGAGGACAUUAAAGAGAAACAAGAGAAACUCUGGAUAAGUCUGCAGGUUCUUGAAAGCCAAAGUAAUGAGAGCCCAGCGGCUGAGCCUGUAGCCAGCAGCUCACCUGUACACGGAACACUGACAGCAGAAGCUGAUGGAGAGGACGAUGGAAGACCACAAUCAGGUUCAUAUUGGUGUUUACAACCAGAUACCAAUAGUAAGAGUUCAGAUUGCUCUGAAAUUGACAGUUACAAACGGAAGCAGACAAAGAAAUUUAAGUCAGGUUUUAACAAUCUGAUAAAUGGCAAGGUCUCUCUUAGUUAUAGCAAGUUCAACAUGAAUGAGAAAAAAUAUAAUCACUCUGAAUAUGGAAAAUCACGUGGUCACACGAGCUAUUUAAAGCAACAAAAAAGAAGACAAGGAAGUGAAAAACCAUUGAGCUGUUCUGAAUGUGGUCAAAGAUUUGGACAUAAGAAUAGUUUGGUUAGACAUAUGAGAAUUCAUACAGGGCAGAAACCAUUUAGUUGUUCUGAGUGUGGUACAACAUUUGGACAUAAGAGCAGCCUGAUCAGACACAUGACAAUGCAUACAGGACAGAAACCAUUUAGCUGUUCUGAGUGUGGUCAAAGAUUUUGGCGCGACAGCAGUCUGACUACACACAUGAGAAUACAUACGGGACAGAAACUGUUUAGCUGUUCUGAGUGUGGUAAAAGAUUUGGAGAAAAGGCCCAUUUGACCGCACACAUGAGAAUUCAUACAGGACAGAAACCAUUUAGUUGUUCUGAGUGUGGUGCAAUAUUUGGAUAUGAGAACAGUCUGAACAGACAUAUGAGAAUGCAUACAGGCCAGAAACCAUUUAGCUGUUCUGAGUGUGGUAAAAGAUUCUGGCGUGAGAGCUGUCGGAUCACACACAUGAGAAUUCAUACAGGACAGAAACCAUUUAGCUGUUCUGAGUGUGGUACAAUAUUUGGAUAUGAGAGCAGUCUGAACAGACACAUGAGAGUCCAUACAGGCCAGGGGAAAGAUCACGAAAUACCAAGACCUGAAAAAUGACCUACGAACAACAUGGUCAUUGAAAGACAUUGAUAUCAUCCUA